CGAUGACUCGAAUCAGUAGCACGACUCUUAUGUGCCAUCUCGCCGUCUCCGGAUUACUUCCUGUCCGACCCUCCAGGCAGCUUACCAUAAUGGGAGUGUCAGGACAAAGGGCAGGGUAGAAGGAAUCUGCAAUGGGAGAAACCUUCCUGGAACAGCUGCGAGCUGACAGCCGGUUCUUGAAGGCUGAUCGGCGUCUAGAUACAGAGGUAGUAGACAAACUCAUUCUUCAACUCAACAGGAUCUACCCCCAGGUUCUCACCGACAAUGAGGCCAAAAAGUUCAGGGAUCUGGACGUCCCCACCUGCAUUCGGCUGGCCGAGCUCCUGACACACCUGCAGGAGAAGGGUGAGGAGGCGUGCCGUGAGUUCUACCGAGCGCUACAUCUUCACGUGGAGGAGGUGUACUUCGGCCUGCCGACACGCCUCCGCCGUAGAGAAUCUAUAGACCUAGUCAUUAGUCCAGCGUCCACCCCUAGACAGAGAUUUGUGCUAAAUGACAGAGGUCCUUUGUUUUUCAUAAGCUGCUUCAGUGUGGCCGUAGGUGUAGCCCUUCUGUAUUACUGCGGAGAGUCCAAAGUGGCGGGCGGCACCAGCAGGGCUCUGGGGCUGGCAGCUCUGGGUCUGGGGCGGCGAGUGCGGGAGGUUCUGAUCUGGUACACCGAGGACCCAAUUCCAAAGUAGCUCAACUUCACGUUAACCAACAACAACAUCCGAUUGCACACAGCAGGACACUUCCAAAACAUCUCACGGUGUCAAAUUUGUACCGAAAUCAGGGGACUCACAAUUUUGACGUCAUAUUUGCAAUGCAUAUUUGUACACAUACAAUGCAUAGUAUACUUUUUUUUUUUUUUUUUUUUUUUUAAAGCACGCCAAGGCAUUGGCUCCGGUGAGGGGGACUCUUGUAGAUUAGUUCAUAUCGGUAAGGUUCAUGCCUUUUUCAAUGCCUAAGGGCUGUAUGCAUUCUUGGGGCAAUUCUUGACCUUAGUCUGCUCGGUUUACAUAACUAGAAAAGGUAUCAUAGAUUGUAAGCCUCGUUAUAUUUUCCACUAUGUAUCCUUAGUGGGGAGUGUGCUCUUGUGUGGGUAUGUUUUUAUUAGAUAUCUUUGACAUGAAGGGAAUGUAUUUAUUUAGAAAUCCUAUGGGUUACAUACCUGUUACUUAAACUUCUCUUGGAAAAACCUUGGGAGCAACAGUCUAACUAGAGAAGAUAUCUCUGCAUAACAUGCUACGUAUUAAGGUGGACUUUUACCUACAGUUCACCAAGUAGCUUAAUCCGUCUACUGCCAUUUGGGACAUAUCAAGAAACCUGAAGAUGCCUUUUUAUUUUAAAUGUAAUUUACAACCUUCUUGUACUAGUCUCACAAAGAAAUGAUGAAAGUUCAGGAUUUUUUUUUUUCAUACUGUCAUAAUCCAAACAAAUGCAUAAACAAUGACUGUUCAAGUGCACACCUAGCCAUACACAAUCUUGCACUGGAGUCAGUACAGUGGCAGUGACAUGCCAUCAGUCCAGGGUUCAAGGCUUCCUUAACUUUCUCAAUCAAAGUAGUUGGUUCUUGUGUACAGUCUGUACUUCCGUAACAGUCCUCUUGACCCACAGGUUAUGGCUUUUCAUGGACUACAUGCUCCCUGUGGCCUUAAUCUUUUUCAGCUCUGGGCUGUCAAAUAUAUAUUUUUAUGUGUUUCUAAUAUUUUUUGUUUUCUUGCUGACAUUCAGUAAAACUGCACACUACGCCUUGCUGGUAUUCACAUAAACAUUAUGUUACACCCCAUGUUCUUACAGUAAAACCUGUAUCCAGAUGUCUGGGAGCUGAGGUAUUCUAAGAACAAGAAGUAGUCACAAGCCUGGCUGAAUUAACUCAACAGCAUGUGGUAAACCACCUAAUAGCUGAGCACCAUUGUCCAAUUCUACCUGCAAAACAAACCCACAAGGCUGCUUAUUAGGUGUACCCACUCACAGGGAGGCUACGGUACACCAGACGUGCGUUUAGCACUCUAGCAUUUAGUUCAUGGAACAUGAAAUUAGUUUUAGAGGACUGAUCUGAUUUUUUCCCCCAAAUGUGUGCAGUGCUCUCCUGAUUGGUGUAGCCAGUUCCAUUGUCUGUAGAGGAAACGUAACUGUUUCAGCCUACCUACACUCUGCGAACGGAACACUUCGGAAUGGAAUGGAAGGCCUGUGACUAAUCAAUGUUCUGGAAUACCCUCCAGCUCUUCUUUGGGCUGUUCUUCAUUGUUGAACUUUUCUUUUUUUUCUGCCAUUUGCCAAUGUGACUUCAGAGACAAUAAAAACACAAAUGCUUAUAUA